AUGAUACUCGACAACAUCGAAACUUGUGAUAAUGAACAAGUCAAAUUAAAAUCAACUACUCAAUCAAGAUCUUUAUCACAAUGUUUUCAAAAAAGAAAAUUAAUAUGGAUUAUUAUUUUCAUUGUCGUUAUUAUUUUAAUAAUAAUUAUUCCAAUUGUUAUUAUUAAAACAAAAAAAAGCAACGUCAUACAAAUAUCAGCAACAGUAGAAAUAACGACACAAGAAACUACGGAAACUUUGAAUGAAUCAACAACAGAAGAACGAAUUCUACCAAAGUAUAAAAAGUGGAAACAACAAGGAAUUACUGUCGCUGGAGGAAAUGGAGACGGAGAUCAAUUAAAUCAACUCGGUUUUCCUGGUACCAUCAAUAUUGAUGAGAACAAAACUAUUCUUAUUCUUGAUAAGAACAAUCGUCGUAUUGUUGAAUGGAAAUAUGGAUCGAAUAGUAGUCAAAUUAUUCUAGGUGUAUAUGAUCGAUUAUUUUAUCCAACAGAUAUAGUCGUUGACAAAGAAAAUAAUGCUUUGAUCAUUUAUGACACUGGUAGCAGACGAAUAAUUCGAUGGUUUCGUGAAAAUCAAACUAUUCAAGAAAUUCUCGCUUUUAAUCCUAAUAUUUAUCUAGCAAUGGAUAAAAAUGGAUCUAUUUAUAUUUGUGACUAUUACGCGAACGAAGUGAGACGAUGGAAAGAUGGAGAUAAAACACGUGGAACAAUUGUUGCAGGUGGAAAUGGAUAUGGAACUGAUCUCAAUCAAUUUCGUUCUCCUCGUUGUAUCUUUGUCGAUGAUGAUUAUUCUGUUUUUGUAUCAGAUUGGGGAAAUGAUCGUGUAAUGAAAUGGAAACAAGGUGCAACAGAAGGAAUUGCUGUUGCUGGUUGGAAUAAUAACGGAGGUAAUCUCGACCAAUUGUCUAAUCCUGAAGGAGUGCUUGUUGAUCAGUUGGGUCAUAUCUACGUAGCGGAUUAUAAUAAUCAUCGAGUGGUGCGUUGGUGUGACGGGGAUAUAUAUGGUUCAGUCGUUGUUGGUGGAAAUGGUGUUGGAAACGGAUCAAAUCAAUUGAAUUCACCAGCUCGUUUAUCAUUUGAUACUGAAGGAAAUCUUUAUGUUGUUGAUCAAAGGAAUCGUCGAGUCCAAAAAUUUGAAAUAUCUCAUGAUUAA